GCCUAACUGAAAGAGGACGCUGAAUUGAAUCGAAGUCGACUAAAGACAUACACUAUCACCAUGAGCGACGCUGUUAUCAUCAAGACCCGCAAAUUCAAGCGCAAUCCGCUUCUCUCCCGAAAGCAGGUGUGUUUUUCGUAGAUUUGAUGGCAGGCUAUGGAGGUUGUGGUCAUCAGCGUCCUUCCGCGAAAGACGAUGCGACAAUGGAAAAACAAAGCAUACCCCAGCGGCGCUUUCGUUGAUCCUUAAUCAGAUUUUGAUUUAGAUUAUUGCCGGCAUGACGAAGACAAUACAUAUCGUGGAUGGUUCAACUUCCAAUUUGAUGCAUUUUCUCACCAUGAUCGCUUUCCGUUCUCUCUCUGUCCCGCUAGAUGAUCGUCGAUGUCAUUCACCCCGGAAGGGCGAAUGUCUCCAAGGACGAGCUUGCUGAGCUUUUGGCUGGCAUGUACAAGGGGGAUGCCAAACUUACAACUCUUUUCGGAUUCCGAACCAAAUUCGGAGGUGGUAAGAGCACCGGAUUCUGUCUGAUUUACGACAACGAGGAAUCCAUGAUUAAGUUUGAACCUAAGCACAGAAUGGUCCGAAAGGGUGUUACAACCUUGAAGGAAACAUCCCGAAAGGCAAUCAAGGAAGCCAAGAACAAGGGAAAGAAGAUCCGAGGUACCGGAGCCAGUAUUGCCAAGCACAAGGCCAAGCGUGCCGAAGCUUCCGAUUAAAACAAUCGUGCUACUUCUAUUUAACAAAACCCUUUACAAUAC